AUGAAGAAAGAUGAUCUUGCUUGCCACCUCUUGAUACGACCCGUGUCUAAAGACAUACCAACAUCAUUCAUUCGAGAUCAUAAAACCUUUGGUGGUACCGUUGUCAAACUAUUGCCAAGUCAUGAGCAUAUCAUUCUCGAACUUUCGGAUAAAAAUAUUUAUAAGAAAUGUAUUGAUCAAGGUGCUUUACGUAUUGACGAUCAUGUAGUGUUUAUUGAAUCUUAUACAUUUUCAACUAUCCCUGAAAAUAAUGAAAUUGAUGCUGAAAAUUGGUACGAAACAGAAAUGUGCGAUUAUAAACCCGACAUAAUGCCAUUUGUUUCUAAUCCUUAA